UAGAUAAAGAAGAAGGACCCAGGCAACCACCGCGGCGCACAAACCCUACAUCCAGAUCCAUCCCACCUCUGACCUAGGCUAUCAUGACUUCCAUCGUCUCCAAGCUCGCGCGGGCAGCCGUCGCAACCCACGCCUCUUCCGCACCGAUUGGAUGUACUGCUGGUGGCAGUCGCUCUACGGCCCGGUGUCUCCCUGGGCUCUGGCUGACUGGCGGUACCAUCCGACGCAUGUGUAGCGGCGUCUCUCCUGCAGGAGGUCCCAAUUCAGAAGAAGAGAAAGGCAGACCCAACUCGGAAGAUGCUGUAGAUGCUGCAGCCAUAGAUCCUAUAGAUUAUCUCCAUGUUCAAGAGGAUUUCCUCAAGUCGAAGGAAGCCCUGUGGGCCUUGUAUGACUACUGGCGCAAGUAUCAUGGCAUCUCGCGGGACAGAAAUGAGAUUGCCAGACGGUUCAACAUAUUUUGCAGAACGGCAAGGCAUGUGCACAAAGUCAACAAUUCCGGCAAGUCAUUAAAGUUGACACUGACCAAGUAUUCAGAUCGGACCACGCGGGAGAUGUUUCGUCCAAAACAUGGCCCUAAAACUUGAUCUCAGCAGACUCUUGUGUCACCUGUAAGCCCGAAAUUUAAGCUUCAGAAUACCAAGUUUCCCAGACAUGGCGAAAGUUCUAGCAUUACUGUAUGGUGCUUUGUUGUGUGAACUUCUUUAGCUAUACACUGGACAUGCUGGUGCUGAUAUGGUUGUGUAUUACUUCCUAUAUGUUUGCAAAAGUUUAUGUUUGUCUGUUCC